AUGGGAAGCGGCGGCGGGAGGAAGGGGGCGGCGAGGCAGUACAACAGGUCCAAGGAGCCGCGGUUGAGAUGGACCGCCGAGCUCCACCGCAGCUUCGUCCGAGCCAUCGACUGCCUCGGCGGCCAGCACAAAGCAACUCCUAAGUUCAUUCUUCAGCUCAUGGAUGUCAGAGGGCUUACCAUAUCUCAUGUCAAAAGCCACCUACAGAUGUACAGAGGCACACGGCAUGGCAUUGGACAAAAAGAUAUGCAGCCACAGCCUCAUCUGAAGAAGCACUCAUUCUGCAGUGAUGAGCAAAGCCCCAAGGAAUUCAUGUUGUGCCCACCCAUAAAAAGGGCAAAGGUAGGGACAGAAGGUUCAGGCAAACACAGAUGCAUGCAAGGGAGCAGUGACACGAGGAGUGCUCCUCCUGCAGGCACCCGGCACUUCAUCGAUGAUUGUAUGCAGCUGCGAGAAGUGUCCAUGGAUAGGAGAUCAGCACACGAUGCUGCAGCUGCCGUUCGUGCUCCUGCUGCUGCUUCAAACCUUCAGGCACUGGGAUUUUGGGUGCAGGGAGCAAGCGAGGAGCCCUUUAUGGUACACCAGAUUAGUAAACCCAAAGCACAUCAACUGAACCAUAUGGUCAGGAAGCUAUCUUGCAAGGAGAACCACGAGGAUAGGUUAUUCACGGUGAGCAGUGCGGCUAGAGAUGAACCAACCAAGAAAUGCGCAUCGCCGCUGUCGCUAGCCAUCGGCCAGAAAGCUGCAAAUGCUAUCUCCUCCUGGCCCAGUGAGGGCAGCUGCGUUAUCUCGCCAUCACCGAGGAGCUUCAGUGACUGCUCUGGGCCACCAGGGUGCAGCUUUGUUGGCCAGAGAGUUAACCUGGAACUUUCACUGUCAAUAUGUGGAUCAUAAUUCAGAUUAUUUGUGGUGAUUCUAGUUGAUCGAUCUCUCUCUGUGAUGCUGUUACUAUUUUUUGAUUCUGCUGAUCUCUUUGCCUGUGGAACACCCUCGAAGCUGCUGCAAAUAAACUAUUAUGUAUGACCAAUUAUAUCGUCAUCACAAGUUACCGGUA